AUGGGGAAACUCAUUCGAUUGGAGCUUUUCAAUUUCAAGUCCUACAAAGGUCACCACACCCUUCUUUUCGGUGAUGCGUUCUUCACAUCUAUCAUCGGUCCUAAUGGCUCCGGAAAGUCAAAUUCCAUGGAUGCGAUAUCGUUCGUUCUAGGAAUAAAAUCGUCUCAUCUCCGGUCCGUCAAUCUCCGUGACCUGGUCUACCGUGGGCGGGUCCUGCGUACCUCGAAAGUAGACGGAGAGCCCACCGCCAACGGAGCAGAAGGCGAGCCCGAGGAAGAUGGCGAUGCCAUGGACGAGUCGCAGGAUACAGGAGGCGCGAACGAUCCGAAGACUGCCUGGGUUAUGGCCGUGUAUGAAGAUGACGCCGGCGAGGAGCAACAAUGGCGCCGCUCAAUUACCAGCUCUGGCGUUAGCGAAUACCGCAUCAACAACCGGACCGUGACUGCACAACAGUACAACGAAGCCUUGGAGGAAGAGAACAUUCUCAUUCGCGCUCGAAAUUUCCUUGUAUUCCAAGGAGAUGUUGAGGCUAUUGCCUCACAGUCGCCCAGAGAUCUCACUCGUCUGAUCGAGCAGAUUUCCGGCAGUCUGGAGUACAAGGCCGAGUAUGAAAAGCUUAAAGCGGAGGCGGAAGAAGCCGCGGAGCAGCAGACUGUGCAGCUCAAUCGCCGGCGAGGUAUCAACUCCGAAGUCAAACAAUACCAAGAGCAAAAGAGGGAAGCGGAGAACUACACCAAGAAGGCAGAGGAGCGCGACCAGGCCAUCAUCACACAUAUUCUGUGGAAGCUCUUCCACUUCCAGCGUCUCAUCGAUGAGUCCAGUGCGGAUAUUCAAAAAUACCAAGAGGAACUCAAGGAGUAUCGCCGUGGCAUGGAAAAGUACGAGAACAAUGUCGAGGAGGCAAAGAAGGAUCACGCACGCGUUGGCAGGGAUGUUGGCAAGGCUGAAAAGAACAUCGUCAAGAAAGAGAAGGAUAUUGAGGAUCUCAACAACUCACUCAUCCCUGUCGACGAAAAGAUUGACAUCACGCAGAAGAAGGUUGAGCGUUACUCCUCGAAAAUCUCUGAAAUCGACCGGGAGCGCAGCGCUCAGGCGAACAAUGCCAAGCAGCUCGAGAAAGAUCUCAAGCUUGUUGAGAAGGCCCAGGCGCAGUGGGAAGCAGAAUGGCAAAGAACCAUGAGCAAGCAGGGAGUGCAAAUGAGCGAGGCAGACCAGCAUGAAUACCACAAGCUGAGAGAAGAAGUUAGCAAGCGAUCUUCUGCGGACCAAUUGAACCUCGACAAUUUACGUCGGCAACGCAAGACUGAAGCUGAAGCUGUGAACAGCUUGAAGGGCAAAUUCGAAAGCACGCAGUGGCAGCUGCAGAGUUUGGAGUCUGAGAUGGCUACCAUGAACGAGAGGAAGACAACUCUGAAUGAUACUAUCAAGACGACUACCAAGGAGAUCGACCGCAAAAAGAAGGACCUCAAUGCUCUCACGUCAGAGCGCCUGAAGAUUUCCCAGAUGCGAACAGAACUGGAAGAAAAGCUCCAGGUUGUGCUCAAGAAGCUGCUUGAAGCCGAUGACGGCAAAAAGCAGAAUGAGCGUGAAAUUCGGGCCAAAGAACUUGUUUCAACAUUGAAACGUAUCUUUCCUGGCGUGAAAGGCCGUGUCAGUGAUCUCUGUCGUCCCAAACAGAGGAAAUAUGCCGACGCAGUGAGCACCGUUCUUGGUCGCCACUUUGAUGCGAUCGUGGUUGACAACGAGAAGACUGCCAAGGAGUGUAUCCAGCAUCUGCGUGAUCAACGCGCAGGACAGGCAACUUUCAUCCCCCUAGAAACUAUUCAGGUGAAGGCCUUCAAUUCUAAUUUGAAAGGUAUGCACAGGGGUAUGCGACCUGCGAUUGAGACCAUCGACUACGACGACUCCGUCGCUCGCGCAAUCAGCUAUGCUUGUGGCAACUCGAUCGUCUGUGAUGAUCUUGCGACAGCAAAGUAUCUGUGCUAUGAGCGUAACGUCGAUGCAAAGGCUGUCACUCUGGAUGGCACUGUGAUUCACAAGGGUGGUUUGAUGACUGGUGGACGUGGUCCUCAGCAAAGUUCGUCUAAGCGCUGGGAGGACUCUGAAGUUGAGAACCUUCACAAGCUGAAGGAUAAGCUGAUGGCGGAUCUCGCCACCCUUCCAAAGAGUCACCGACGUGGAUCUGAAGAAGAAACCCUCCAGGGAGAGCUCGUAGGGCUCGAGCAGCGACUGAGCUAUGCUAAAGAGGAAUUGAAGGCGCUUGAACGAAAUAUUCAAAGCAAACGAAGCGAGCUCGACUUUGUCAAGCGCCAACACGAAGACCUGCGACCCAAAUACACAGAGAGGAAAGAAAACCUCGAUGAGUUGGACGAGACCAUUGAAAGCACUGAUGCUUCUGUCAGUGCUGUGGAGGAUGAUGUCUACCGCAGGUUCUGCAAGCGUCUUGGUUUUGAGAACAUUCGCGAGUACGAAGCGCAGCAGGGCUCAUUGCAAGAGGAGGCUUCGCAAAAGAAGCUCGAGUUCACAACACAGAAGAGUCGUAUUGAAAAUCAACUGAGCUUCGAAAAACAAAGAAUCCAAGCUACUGAUGAUCGUAUCAACGGUCUCAGGGCUCAAUACGAGCGUGACGUUAGCCUCAUUGAAGAGCUUCAGGUCCAGCAAGAGGAAAUUCGCAAUGAGCUUGAUGAGUCUAACGCGGAGCUUGAACUGUUGCGCGAGAAUCUUAAGCAGCAGAAAGAAAUCUAUGCGCAAGCUGCUGAAAACCUUGCCGAACAAAGAAGGGAGCUUCUGAAGCGCAGCAAGCACACUGAAGGUACCCUUAAGCAGAUUAAUGCUCUUGAAGCCGAGAUCCAGCGAAACUCUUCUAGUCGAUAUGCUCUCUUGCGACGAUGCAAGCUCGAAGACAUCGACAUUCCUCUUACAGACUCUUCCAAUGGACUUGACAAGCUUCCAAUCGACGACCUCGCACAGGGCGCCGCCGAUCCUGAUGCAAUGGACGUAGACGAGGGUGAUGAGAUGGAUGAGUCUCCUAUCGUUCAAGACUAUGGCAUUGAAGUCGAUUUUGAUUCGCUCGGAGAGUCGCUUAAAGAGGGAACCGACGAGAAGCUCGAGGAAGAAUUGCUCGAUAAAGUUCGCGCCCUCAACAGUGAACUGGACAAGAUGGCUCCGAAUACCAGGGCUAUGGAGCGCCUGGAAAGUGUGGAAAACAAACUUCGGAGCACUGAAAAGGACUUUGAGGAUGCUCGCAAGUACGCUCGACGAGCCAAGGAUGACUUUGAAGCGGUCAUGAAGCAACGUUCCGAUCUCUUCAAUAAAGCCUUUACGCACAUCUCAGAGCAGAUUGGUCCCAUUUACCGCGAGCUGACUCGGAGUACAAAUUAUCCUCUAGGGGGUCAAGCUUAUCUGGACAUUGAAGACUCCGAUGAGCCAUACCUGGAUGGUAUCAAGUACCAUGCCAUGCCCCCGCUGAAACGUUUCCGAGACAUGGAGCACCUAUCCGGGGGUGAGAAGACCAUGGCCGCACUCGCUUUAUUGUUCGCUAUCCACUCUUACCAACCAUCACCUUUCUUCGUGUUGGACGAGGUUGACGCUGCGCUUGAUAACACAAACGUUGCUCGCAUCGCCAAUUACAUCCAUGACCACGCAGCUCCCGGCAUGCAGUUCAUUGUGAUCAGUCUGAAAGCCGGAUUGUUCCAGAACAGUGAGGCUCUUGUCGGCAUCUAUCGCGAUCAGGUGGAGAACAGCAGCAAGUCUUUGACCCUCGAUGUGAGUAACACGGCGCUUGAGUGA